ACAUCCAUAUUGCUGUUUCUACUGCUAAUUGCCAUGGCUGCUGCAUUGGCUCAAGGCCAAGGCACGCGGGUCGGAUUCUAUUCCUAUACCUGCCCUGAAGUCGAAUCCAUUGUGAAAGAGACUGUUACAGAUCAUUUCAAUUCCGACCCAACCAUUGCCCCUGGUUUGCUCCGCAUGCACUUCCAUGACUGCUUCGUCCGAGGUUGCGAUGCUUCCAUCCUCCUCACUGGCUCCUCCACUGAAAGAACUGCUGGUCCCAAUAGUCUGUUGAGAGGAUAUGAAGUAAUAGAUGACGCCAAGACCCGGCUGGAAGCCGCCUGCCCUGGAGUGGUCUCAUGCGCUGAUAUUCUUGCUCUCGCUGCCCGUGACUCUGUCCUUCUGACCAAAGGAGCAAGCUGGAAGGUGCCCACAGGGCGGAGAGACGGUCGUGUUUCAUUAGCAUCUGAGACUGCCAAUUUGCCAGCCUCCCGUGACUCCAUUGACCUCCAAAAGCAAAAGUUCGCUGACAAGGGUCUCAACGAUCAAGAUCUUGUUGCUCUUGUUGGAGGUCACACUAUUGGAACUUCAGCAUGCCAAUUCUUCAGGGACAGACUGUAUAACUUCAACACGACAACUGGAAAUGGUGCUGACCCCUCCAUAGACCCCGCCUUCCUUCCUCAGCUUCAAGCUCUUUGCCCUCAAAACGGUGAUGCAAACAGGCGCGUUGCACUGGACACUGGUAGCCCCAACACAUUCGACGCCUCUUUCUUUCAAAACCUGAAGAAUGGGCGAGGAAUACUGCAGUCGGAUCAGAAGUUGUGGGAAGAUGCCUCCACCAGGAGCUACGUGCAGCGGUUCCUAGGCAUCAGAGGCUUGCAGGGAUUGAACUUCAACGUGGAGUUUGGGAGGUCCAUGGUGAAGAUGAGUAACAUUGGUGUCAUGACUUGCACUGAGGGUGAGAUUCGCAGGGUGUGCUCCGCAAUUAAUUAACUCC